AUGGCGGACGAGGCGUUGUUUUUGCUUCUCCAUAAUGAGAUUGUGUCUGGAGUGUACAAGUCUACGGAGCAAGGGGAGGUGGAAAAUGGACGAUGUAUUACUAAGCUGGAAAACAUGGGAUUUCGAGUGGGACAAGGAUUGAUAGAAAGGUUUACAAAAGAUACUGCAAGAUUCAAGGAUGAGUUAGAUAUCAUGAAGUUCAUUUGUAAAGAUUUUUGGACUACAGUAUUCAAGAAGCAAAUCGACAAUCUAAGGACAAAUCAUCAGGGCAUCUAUGUACUUCAGGACAACAAAUUUCGUCUACUUAUGCAGAUGUCUGCGGGAAAACAAUAUUUAGAACAUGCAUCUAAGUAUUUAGCAUUUACGUGUGGCUUAAUCAGAGGUGGCUUAUCAAAUUUAGGAAUAAAAAGUAUUGUAACAGCAGAAGUGUCUUCAAUGCCUGCCUGCAAAUUUCAGGUGAUGAUACAGAAGCUGUAG